AUGGACUAUGAAUACAUGAAACAGGCAAGUUGCUGCCCUGGCUGGCGUCACCAGGGCUCCCUCCCACGCCGGCCCCUGCACUCCCUCUGUGUUCUCGUGGUGCUUUGUCCAGAGGGACCUGGCCAUCCUGCAGCAUCCAGCCAGGGCCCCACACCCCAAGCUGCCAUGCUCACCGCUCUGUCCCCACCCUCGGUCAGCGCCUUGGGCCAGCUCUCCACCCUGGAGCGGAGCUUCCCCCUGCUGCUCCCCCGGCUGAAUAGGCCUGGAUGGCGGUCUGGGUGGGUGUCCGGCGGCAGCCGUAGGAUCAGAAGCCUGUGGGCCUGCUGCUCUGAGCUCACUGCUCUGUUCUCCGGUCCCUGGUUCUGCCUUUGCAGGGUCCUUAGCGGAGCUGGAGUUCAGCUGACAUUGCUCGAAGCCAAGGGGCUGCAGCCUUUGACCUUUUACAGAUUCCUCUCCACCCUGGGAUCCUUGCUUCUGCCUACCCUCCUGGGGGCCCUGAGCAGGUCUCUGGGAGGGCCCUUUGUUCCAGCCACACUGGACCACCCAGAGGGGAAGGAGAGCAUCACAAGGCCUGUGGACUUCUACAGAGCUGUCCUACCCCGCCCCCACCAGCCCCAGGAUUCCUGCCAUUCCCCGGGACACUUACGUUUUCCUGGUGACCUGGCUCCUCCUUCUAUGGCCUCAUCCCCCGCCUCCUCCGAGAGGCUCCUGACAGCACAUGCCCUGGAUGCUUCUGGAACCAAUGCCAACCUUGAUCCCUGUCCCGUUCCAGCUGUUGGCAAAGAAGAGGAAGAGGAAGAUGGCGUGGGGCUUUGUCUGCCAGCCACCCCGAAGAACUGCCUUCCUCGCCGCCGGGGCAUCAGCAUCCUGGAGAAGCUCAUCAAAACAUGCCCGGUGUGGCUGCAGCUGAGUCUGGGCCAGGCAGAGGUGGCCAGGAUCCUGCACCGGGUGGUGGCCGGGGUGAGUUCUGUUCGCAGGGUUUCUGCACUUCAAAUGCUUAGUCUUUGUGUGGCCAGCCCCUCCCUUGAAUCUAAGGUCCCACCAGAAGUGCUCGAAUACACCAUUAAGGAAGAAAAGUCGAUUUUGUACCUGGAAGGCUCAGCUCUUGUGUUUGAGGACAUCUUCAGACUGAUUGCGUUCUACUGUGUCAGUAGAGACUUACUGCCCUUCACACUGCGGCUGCCCCAGGCCAUCCUCGAGGCCAGCAGCUUCACGGACCUUGAGACCAUCGCCAACCUGGGUCUGGGUUUCUGGGACUCCUCGCUGAAUCCUCCACAAGAAAGAGGGAAGCCAGCAAAGCCUCCAAGAGACCAGGCCCCCGGAUUCCCGCAAGUCUCCAGCCUCAGGCCCACAGCCCAUGAUGCAAACUGUGCCUGUGAAAUCGAGCUGUCGGUGGGAAAUGACCGCCUGUGGUUUGUGAAUCCUAUUUUCAUCGAGGACUGCAGCAGCGCCCUGCCCAGCGACCAACCACCUCUUGGAAACUGCCCUGCACGCCCCUUGCCACCCACCUCUGAUACUACCUCGCCCACCUCCAGGUGGGCCCCACGCCGCCCACCACCUCCUCCCCCAGUGCUGCCCCUGCAGCCCUCCAGCCCAGCCCAGCCCCCUCUGCUCCCUGCUUCUGCACCCGCCCCUGCCUGUCCUUUGCCCACCUCUCCCCCAGUGCCUGCCCCCGUCACACCCCAUGCCCCAGGUCCCCCAGACCAUCCGAGCCAGCCGCCUAUGACGGCCUGUGAGAGACUCCCAUGCCCCACUGCAGCCCUGGGCCCCCUCAGGGAGGAAGCGAUGAAACCAGGGGCGGCCUCCAGUCCCUUGCAGCAGGCCUCCCCGCCGCCACUGCCUACGAAGAAGAACCUUCCCACUGCCCCUCCCAGACGCCGCGUUUCUGAGAGGGUGUCCUUAGAAGACCAAAGUCCGGGGAUGGCAGCAGAGGGGGACCAGCUCAGCCUGCCUCCCCAAGGGACCUCAGACAGCCCUGAGGACACGCCCCGGGGGAGCACGGAGCAAGGCCAGGACACAGAGGUGAAAGCCAGCGAUCCUGACAGCAUGCCGGAGCUGCCCAGGAAGGCCAAACAACCCCCAGUCCCACCCCCCAGGAAAAAACGGAUCUCUCGACAACUGGCCUCGACCCUCCCAGCUCCCUUAGAGAACGCUGAGCUCUGCACACAGGCGAUGGCCUUGGAGACACCUACGCCAGGUCCACCCAGAGAGGGCCAAAGCCCUGCUUCUCAGGCUGGGACUCAGCACCCUCAGGCCCAAGCCACUGCCCAUUCCCAGAGCUCUCCAGAGUUCAAGGGCUCCCUGGCCUCCCUCUCAGAUAGCUUGGGGGCGUCUGUCAUGGCCACCGACCAGGACUCCUACUCCACUAGCAGCACGGAGGAGGAGCUGGAGCAGUUCAGCAGCCCCAGCGUGAAGAAGAAGCCCUCCAUGAUCCUGGGCAAGGCCCGGCACCGGCUGAGCUUUGCCAGUUUCAGCAGCAUGUUCCACGCUUUCCUCUCCAACAACCGCAAGCUGUACAAGAAGGUGGUGGAGCUGGCGCAGGACAAGGCCUCGUACUUUGGCAGCCUGGUGCAGGACUAUAAGGUGUACAGCCUGGAGAUGAUGGCGCGCCAGACCUCCAGCACGGAGAUGCUGCAGGAGAUUCGCACCAUGAUGACCCAGCUCAAGAGCUACCUGCUGCAGAGCACCGAGCUCAAGGCCCUGGUGGACCCCGCCCUGCACUCUGAGGAGGAGCUCGAAGCAAUUGUAGAGUCCGCCUUGUACAAAAGUGUCCUGAAGCCCCUGAAGGAAGCCAUCAACUCAUGCCUGCAUGAGAUCCACAGCAAGGACGGUUCACUGCAGCAGCUCAAGGAGAACCAGCUAGUGAUUCUGGCCACCACCACCACUGACCUAGGUGUGACCACCAGCGUGCCGGAGGUGCCCAUGAUGGAGAAGAUCCUGCAGAAGUUCGCCGGCAUGCACAAGGCCUACUCACCUGAGAAGAAGAUCUCCAUCCUGCUCAAGACCUGCAAACUCAUCUACGACUCCAUGGCCCUCGGCAACCCAGGGAAGCCCUAUGGGGCGGAUGACUUCCUGCCUGUGCUCAUGUAUGUGCUGGCCCGCAGCAACCUCACGGAGAUGCUUCUCAAUGUGGAGUACAUGAUGGAGCUCAUGGACCCCGCCCUGCAGCUGGGGGAGGGUUCCUACUAUCUGACCACCACCUACGGGGCCCUGGAGCACAUCAAGAACUACGACAAGAUCACGGUGACCCGGCAGCUGAGGUGGGGAGCCUGUGGACCAGCAGCCAGGGGGCGCGCUGGCUCCUUGUUGGAGGGACCCCAAGUCGCCUCUUCAUUCAUCUCCCAGAACGGUCGGCCCAGCUGGGAAGCCAGGCAGGGAAGCCUCUGCAGGCUCACGGCAGAGACUGGAAAGGCGCAGGUGCCAGACUCACAGCCCCUUCGGCGCCCGCCACCCGCUAUCCAUCCAGGGAGGGGCCUGGGCCGGAAGAGGGUGCCUGGGGACACAGGGCCCCGCCGUGACCGCAGGCCCUGCGUGUCUCCGCAGGACUUCAUCUGCGUGUCGUACCUGGAGCCCGAGCAGCAGGCGCGGACGCUGGCGUCGCGGGCGGACACCCCAGCCCAGGCGCUGUGCGAGCAGUGCGCGGAAAAGUUCGCGGUGGCUCGGCCGCAGGCGCACCGGCUGUUCGUGCUGGUGGACGGGCGCUGCUUCCAGCUGGCGGACGACGCGCUGCCGCACCGCAUCAAGGGCUACCUGCUGCGCAGCGAGCCCAAGCGCGACUUCCAUUUUGUCUACCGGCCCCUGGACGGUGGCGGCGGCGGCGGCUGGAGCCCACCCUACCUGGUGGUGCGGGAGCCCAAUUUCCUGUGAGUCCCUCCCGGGUCGCCUCCCCUCACCCCCAGGCACACAUCUGGCUCCGGCUCUGGCUGUGCACUCUCGACAGCGACGUCCACGCAGCACAGGGACAUGGGCCAUUCCAUGACGUGCCCAGGCCAACGUCACAGGACAGUUGUGAAAAUAACAUGAUGCGCGGCCAAGACCACUUCCUGAGGGCAAGUCAUAGCACUGAGACACUGAGAGGCCAUGUUCUUCAUGAGACAGAAAGGGAAACAGACUCAGAGAGGAGAGAGGCGCUCCAGGCCGCUGCAGCCAACAAACCCGCGCCCUCUUCACACGCAGCUCCUCAGGCCAUUCCCCAUGAGUCCCCCACACCCACCCCAUCCUCUGUCUUUGCAAAGACGGGCCUGAGCUUAGUUUCCCCAGGACUGGCCGAGGAAGGGGCACUGGCCACAGCUGCUCCCCGCGCCCCUCAGGGUGGACCCAGCAUCUCAGGAGCACCUCAGGGUGUGGGUUAAGAGACAGGCCUCCACCCCUGCACCAGAGCCUGUCCUUAGCUCCCAGUGCCUCCAGACCCUGCAGCUCUGUGCCCCCCAAGAAGCAGCCAGACACGCGUCGGGGCGCCAAGCAGGGCCAGCUCCAUGGACCCAUGGACAAGCCCAGCCCCGCCUCAGGGAAAACAGGGCCUUUCCCUACAGGACACGCCCCAGAGCUGUGGCAGAUUGCAGGAACCAUUGUGUGGGGAGAAUUUAAUAAAAAUCCCUUUUGAAAAUGA